AUGCAUUUCUUUCCCGCGGCCGCCGUGGAGGGCUACCAGUUCAAGGGUAUGCGUCGCAGCGAACUCGGAGCCAGACUGGACUUCGAAGAGCUCGGGCUGACCCUCAAGGCUGACGGCCGAACUGUGCUGCAAGGAGUGACGGGGUCUAUUGGUAAGGGGAAGAUGGCGGCGAUCAUGGGCCCGUCUGGUUGCGGCAAGACGACGUUCAUGAACACGUUGUGCGGCAAGAGCACGUAUGGCAGAAUGACAGGGCAGGUGUGCGUCAACGGCGAGGCAGCAAGCGUCUCGCGGCUUGAGCACAUCAUGGGGUUCGUGCCGCAAGAUGACGUGGUCCACGAAAGUCUGACGGUCCGGGAGCAGAUAGAGUUCUCGGGGAAGUUGCGAAACGAGUACACGCUGACCCGAGCGGAGAUCAAUGACAUAGUCGAGGACGUGCUCCAUGUGCUCCAGAUAGGCCACAUCCAGCGGAGCAUCGUCGGCGGCGUGGAGAGGCGGGGCAUAAGCGGUGGUCAGCGCAAGCGGGUGAACAUUGGGCUCGAGUUGGUGGCCUGCCCGGUGCUGCUGUUCCUGGAUGAGCCCACCUCUGGGCUGGACUCCACCAGCUCGCUGAUGAUCGUGAACGCCCUGAAGAGGUCCACUCUCCCAGAGGGGGCGAAGCAGCUGAGAGGGCACGCGAAGCACCUGUGCAACAUCUCGCGGCGCGGCCCCAAGCAUGGCCAGACCGGGCGAGCGUCCGGGCUGCUGUUCUGCGCGGCCGCCCAUGCGAGGGGUAGUUGGAUUACUGACCUGGGCAUGACGAUCAUCAUGGUGAUACACCAGCCCCGGUACUCGCUGUUCAAGCUGUUCGAUCAGGUCUUGCUGUUGGGCAUCGGCGGUCGCACCGUGUACCUUGGCGACCCAGAAG